AAUGUCAGACAAAAUUUGGCAAUUUUCAAAUAACUCGGACGCAAUCCGGGUUGCAUACAUUCCCGCGUUGUUACAACAAAACUAUUAACUUGGCAACUAAGUUUCGUCGAUAAUUUCCGAAGGAAAUGGCCCUAAACCGCGACACCGAAGAGGAAUUCAACAAUUUCCUCGUGAAAGUAGACGACAUCAAUAAAAUCAUCAAGAAAAUGAAUUCGAGCGACAGCGACGAGAGGAGAGUUGCGGACUUGGAGGCGAAAAGGUACUUGGGGGAGUCCGACGUCGAGGAGAAAAUCACCGACGUGAACCAAGUGGUGAUCAAAGUCAACUGCGACCGCACAGUUUUGAACAAAAAGGCGUUGCACAAGAAGGAAACGUCGCAGGACGGUUCCACCAUGGAUCCUGAGGUUUGGAUGGAGGAGAUGAGCAAAGACGCUGACAGACGCCACCACGACAAACUUGUACGUACUGAACGAAUGGAAACGAUAAAAAAACAGGCCACCAAAGCUUUCAGACUGGAGGAGUAUGAAAAAGCUUUAACUUUGUACAACAAAGCGAUUGAUUUGAUAAAAGACAGUUGCCUAUUGUACAACAACAGAGCUUUGACUUGUAUCAAACUAAAGUUGUACGAGAAAGCAAUUUCAGACUUGAAUUGGGCGUUGAAAUUGAACGAAGACGGGAUCAGAAGUUGGCUGUUGUUGGCAAAGGCGAAUUUCUAUUUGAAAGACUACCCGGAGUUUCAUCGUGCCAUUAAAGAGGCCAAGGAACGGAAUCCCAGUCAGUUGGAAUUUAUCGAAAAAUUUGUUAAGGAUUUGACCAAGGAUCCGAAAGAAAUCUCACAAGUUAUUUCUUUGUAACAAUUUAUUGUUACUAGUUAAUGUUUUGUGUUUAAUAAAUUAUACGUUUUAAUUGAUUA